AUGAAAUAAGAAAAAGAGAUAAUAUUUAAUGGAGAAUUUGAUGAUAGUGAAGAAGAAGAUGACGAUUAAUCAUAAGAUUAAGAAAGCGAUGAAGAAUAAACUAAAAAAAAGAAAAAGAAAUUGCUUUAAAACACAAAUAAAAAUUUAAUUAUGAAUGUUUCAGGUAAUACUUACAUUAUUAAAUAGAUACUUAGUAUCCUGUUGUGAAAUUUGUUGGAAAAAUGAUAUACAAAUUUAAAUUGUAAUAUGUUCCAUAUUAGGAAGUAAAUAACUGGGAUUUUUGUUGGACAGACAAUGCUGUACUUCCUGAAACUUUGGCUAAAAUGCAAUGUAAGAUAUCAUAUAUAAAUUAUUAUAGCACAUUAAAAGAUUAAUCAUUUCCCAGGUAUGUAUUCGUUAGCUCGUAAAAAUCAUCUAGGCAAAAAUUUGAACAAAAUGUAGAAACAAUUUCCAGAUGAAUAUGACUUUUAUCCAAGAACUUGGAUGUUACCAAGUGAAUAUAAUGAUUUCAAACAAUAAUUUGGCAAAGCUAAAACAUUUAUACUGAAACCUGAAGCAUCUUGUUAAGGCAAAGGUAUAAUUUCAGCUCAUAUCAAAAGGAAUCUUCUUAACUCGCUCUAUAGAAUCUAUUAAUCCUACUGAACAUUAUGUUGCAUAAAGAUAUAUUCAUAAACCACUUCUUAUUGAUGGAUUAAAGUUUGAUUUAAGAAUGUAUGUAUUAAUUUGUGGUUGUGAUCCUUUAAGAAUAUAUUUAUAUAAAGAAGGUUUAGCAAGAUUUGCAACUUAAGCAUAUAUUGUUCCAAAUACAAAUAAUUUAGAUGAUGUUUGUAUGCAUUUAACUAAUUAUGCUAUAAAUAAAGAUAAUCCUAAUUUUAUAUUCAACUCUGAUGAAAAGAAAAUGGAUGUUGGACAUAAAAGAAGUAUGUCCAGUGUUUUUUAACUAUUAAGAGAUUAAGUAAUUAUUUUUUAAUUAUAAAUAGAAUCAAAAUGUUGAUUAAUUGCUUGAUGAUAUAAAAGAUUUAAUAAUCAAAACUUUUUGUUCAGUUUAGCCAAUUUUACAAUAAAAUUAUACUUAAGUUGAUAAUUAUGCUAAUAAUAUGUGUUUUGAGAUUCUUGGAUUUGAUAUUUUAAUAGAUAGUUCCUUGAAACCAUAUUUACUUGAAGUCAACCAUACUCCUAGUUUUACUACUGAUACACCUUUAGAUUAAUAUAUUAAAAAGAAUUUAAUAGCUGAUACUAUUACAUUAAUGAAUAUCAAUCUAAAAACUAAAAAUGAGAUAAUAUAAUAAAAAAAAGAUGAAAUGUAGAAAAGAGUAUUAACAGGCAAAAAGACAAAGUUAUCAACUGAAGAAAAGAAAUUAAUUAAAUUAUAAUGUUAAAAAUAAAGAGAUGAUUAUGAAUCAUAAAAUAAGGGAAAUUAUGAAUUGAUUUAUCCAUGUUCUAAGUCUUAUGAUGAAUAUUUAUAACAUUCUUUAAAACUGUAUGAAGAGUGGACUGGAGCAAGUAAAUUAUAAUUAAAUAAUUUAGAUAUAAGAAGAAAUCAGAAAAAAGAAUCUAUUCAAAUAAAUUAAGAACCUCAAAAUAAAUCUUAAUCUCAACCUAAAAAGAUUAUACUUGAAAAGAAGAGCACUUUAUAUAAACAUGUUCAGAGUAGAAUCAAUACAAAUUUAUUUCCAACUAAUAAAAAUGAGUAGAAUAAAGGAAAUGAAAUUAUUUAGGAAGGGGAAGAACAACCUCCAAAUUAAAUAGAUACUAUACCUGAAGUGGAUAAUGAUAAUUUUGUUCCUUAUGAAGAUUAUUAAUAACAGUCAUUAGAAUCAAUUAAAGAUUUAUGUGCUUUUACAGAAAAACAAGGAAGAGAAUUAUAGAUUUUGGAUUUGAUUUAAUAUAGAAAAGUUGAUAAUAGGCUUAAUAAUUCGCAUAUUUAGUAAUAAAAUGUAUAAAGCAUUUUAUCUCCACUUUCUUCAAUUAAGGGAGUGUUAUAGGGUAUAGCAAUUAAGAAUGUAAAGCAAUUUGCUAUUAGAAAAAAUAAUAAAAAUGUUAAAUCCUCAUCAAAAUAAAUAAAUGAAAGUGAACAUGAAAAACUGUAAGAAAACUAAUAAAAAUAAUAAAUUAUAUAAUCUCAAUAAUUAUAUUAGUAAAGUAAUCCACAAGGGAUGAAUGGAGCCUAUAUUAAACCAAAAGUAUUUAGUUUAAAAUUAUCACAUCCUCCAAAAGGAUAUAAAUUGUAAUCUCUCCCUUUAUUGAUACAAUAAAAUUAUACUAAAUUUAGAUAUGAAUGA